AUGAAUCGCCCCGAGCUCAGCAACGACAAAGUCCAACCGCUCCCUGGCUUCCCCGACUUGAAGACGCGCCAUGUCAACGGGACGUACGAGUUUGUCGGGGAGCGGCAGACAGGGUUGACUGGAAGCGGCCAUGUUAAAACGUCGCGCAUGUCCCUGCUGGAGUACAUCACCAACGGCCGGUCGCCACAAUGGCACCAAGAACGCUUCGACGACGUCCUUUUGAACCAUCUGGUCAUCAGGAGCUCGUCGUCAACCAACAAACCCAUCCGAGAAGGUGACUGGAUCGACCCGUACAACCCCAGUUGCACCAUCAUGGCCGCGAAGCAUCGAGACAGGAACAAUUUCCCCAACGACUGGAUCGCGGUCAAAAUCGUCCGCCUGCACGGCACGGAAAAGGAUACCAACGAAGCCAAGAAGCGCUUCAUGCACGAAAUCAGGAACAUGCAGACCCUAUCAGCCGAUCGACACCACCACAUCAUCUCUUUCAUCGGCUCCUACGAGAGUGGCCAAGAGAUGGGAAUUGCCAUGUUCCCUGUUGCAAAGUACAGCCUCGAGCUCUUGCUCAAAAACGUCUCGGACCACAACUGGGAGAAUAGGGACAAGCUGGAUGGCUUCUCCCAUCAUCACCAUUUCUGGGCUCUGCUGCGAUAUUUCCUCUGCCUCUCCAGUGCCGUCGCGUGGCUUCACUCCCGGAACACGAAGCACAAGGACAUCAAACCCGCCAACAUCCUCAUCGACUGCAAACAGUCCAUCGUCCUGGCCGACUUCGGGCUCUCGAGGAUCUACGACAACAGGGAAGACGCUGGCAUCUCCAGUGGCCAGACGGGGUACACCAUGACAUACGCCCCUCCUGAAGUCAUCGACCAGACCGACCGCACUUACUCGGCCGACCUGUUCUCGCUGGCCUGCGUCUUUCUCGAGAUGGCCACCGUCAUUUGUGGCGAGCCGACCGAGAAGUAUACGAAGCGGCUGAAGCACCGUACCACCCCGCAGGGCGCGCGCCCAAAGUGCUAUGCGUCUUCUCCGGAAGUGGUAAGAGACUGGGUCGAGGAUUUGAAAAAGAAGAGGGAAAAGGUGCAUCCCGCUGCCGAAAGGCUACUCACGCACGGACUGGAAAGGGUGAAGAUAAUGAUGUCGAAAGAAGCCCAUGCGCGAGGCGAGGCAAAGGAUGCAUAUGAGUGCUUCAAGAGUGUCGUGGAAAGUGCAUAUGCUUUUGGGCCAGUUUCCAAGCUCACCUGUGAGCGUUGCACCAGCAUCGACAGCUUGCUACCCCCAGAAAAUCAGCAUGAGAGAUCUCCAACAGUGCCUGAAAACCAUGCCGAGUCAAGUCAUCAAGCAACGCAUGCCCUGCAUAACACAGCACAUCCCAGCUCAGCAUUCACUUCAUCAACAAUCGUGGCCACGCCGCUUGGCACGCCAAUCCUUGAGAAGCCAUGCAUGAAAGGUUUAGUCGAGAGACAAGCUAUAAAACCGCUGUCUCUGGGAGCGAAGGUGGACAUUACGGAUAAUCCUGAGACAGGUGGUCAUACGUCCGAAGCACUCAACUCAAGCGAGCCGUCGAGGACAGGUCGAGGGCUUGAGGUACCAAGCCCUUCGGACGUGACGUACAAUCCCUCCAGUAUUUCCGAGCGCACUACCACGUCCGGUUCACCGUCGAACCAGAGCACACCGCCAUCAAGCAUUUCGAUGAGAGACGGCGCUUCCACCGGCACACCACAACAAGAGUCGCUACGUUGCGUAAAACGAAACAGAGGACAGUUCUACCAGACCACCAGUCUGCUAAAAGACCUACCAGGCCAGAAGGUCAUUGUAUGGGAUGUAAAGAAAAAAACAACAGAGAUACAGGACAAGGAUUACCUACUGGAUUACAAGCGUGGAGUGUUGUUCAUUUCGGAUUGGAGAAAGCGAGAAACGGUACAGAUCAAACACUUGAACGACAGAUCGCUGAAUUUGUUCACGCUGCUAAGCGUCGUCAAGAUAUUUCGUUGUUGGCGCGAGAAGAUACAGCUGCUCCUCAUCGUAUCGGAAAGGUCGGAAGAAAGAUACAAAGACUACCUGGAAAGUUGA